GGUUUCGUAGAUCGAAGGCCUCGAUGUAAAGUGGUCGACGGCUUCGAAGCCCUGCUCCGCUUUCCUCACGUUGCGGAUUCCCUCGGCACCUCUCCUUUUCCUUCCCCUUCCUCCCCUUUCUUCGCCUUCAAGGAAGAUUCGAUCCAAGGGGAGGACAUAUCGGGGAUUUUUGAUUUCAGAGCACAAUCUUCCUAGGAAGAAGCAAAUGGUUUGUGCUGGGGCUUAAAGUGGCAAUGACUCCUAGAUGGUGUUGAUGGUGGCAGUUCCAAAGGCGAGAGUGAAAUAGGUUUGCUUUGGGAAUCAUUUGUUCUGCUAUAACAAGCUACAUUGAUCAAAGGACACCCGAGGCUACUAAUGAUGGAUUUUAGCUCUUUACUUUUUAGACUGGCUACUACUGACUUUAAGGUUCCUGGAUUUGGGGUUUUUGCUUGGCUUACUGCUGGAUCCUUUGGGCUUUUAGCUGCUGUUUAUGCUUUCCUGAAAUUGCAGAGGCGAGUAUCCCUUAAUUGGGUUAAAGCUGCAGCUAGGGAAAAAAAGAAGGCAUGGGAAACACUAAAAUGUCCAACUUCUCCCCACAUAUGGGCAGAGGACUUUUCACAUAGUGAUCAACCUUCCACAUGCUGUGUCUGCUUACUUUCACUUGUGUCUCCACAAGCAGUUGGUUCCAAUGGGAUGCACAAUGGUCCCAUUCACCGUUGCUCUGUUUGCGGUGUUGCAGCUCAUUUUCGAUGCUCCCAAUAUGCUGCAAAAGACUGCAAAUGUGUGGCACAGGCUGGUGCAUCUCACUUGCUCCAUCAUUGGUCAGAGAGAUGGGUGGAUCUAGACCAAAAUACUGAGAUGUCUUCUUUCUGUUAUUACUGUGAUGAACUAUGUGGUAUACCUUUUCUUGGUGCAUCGCCUAUAUGGCGUUGCUUGUGGUGUCGGCGUCUUAUACAUGUAGAUUGUCAUCCCAAACUAAUAAAGGAGACUGGUAAUGAUUGUGAUUUGGGUCCUCUUAGAAGGCUUAUUCUUUCUCCUCUUUCGGUCAAAGAAGUAGGUGUAAGACAGUCCAAAAGUGAUAUGUUCAGUUCUAUUAAGGAGGAGUUCAUUUCUUCAUCAAUGGGAGGACGCAUGAGAAGGCGAAGAAACCGAAGUAAAAAUGGGAAUAGCCAGUCUUCUCUUAUUGGAAACCCUAGUACUAGACUGCUGAAUGUGGCUGAGGAAAAUUCUAUAUUUGAAUCAUUGCUUUGGUGGCUUGCUGGAUGGAGAAAAUAUCAUGAAAAAAAUAAUCAGGAAAAUUCACUGUCAAGUCUUAGAAUAACCAAAAAAGAUCUCAACACAAAAAACCAGGACACUAUUGCCUGUGAUGGAAAAGAAAAGUACAAGCUGGUGGAUAUGCCACAAGAUUCCAGACCACUACUUGUUUUUAUUAAUGCCAAGAGUGGAGGUCAGAAUGGCAACUCUGUAAGGAGGAGAUUGAACAUGUUACUGAACCCUGUACAGGUAUUUGAAUUAAGUUCUACACAGGGACCAGAAGUUGGAUUGAAGUUGUUUCAUAACGUCCAAUAUUUUAGAGUUCUUGUCUGUGGUGGAGAUGGUACUGUAGCCUGGGUUCUUGAUGCCAUUGAAAAAGAAAACUUCGACUCUCCUCCUCCUGUUGCAAUACUUCCCCUUGGCACAGGGAAUGACUUGUCCCGAGUAUUACACUGGGGAGGAGGUUUAUAUUCUGUUGAAGGGCAAGGUGGUCUAGGAUCCCUUCUUCAUGACAUCGACAGUGCAGUAGUUACAAUGCUAGACCGCUGGCAUGUGACAAUUAAAGAACAUGAUAUGGAGCAAGGUGAAAAUUUAAAGCAAAUGAAAUUUAUGACAAACUAUCUAGGCAUUGGAUGUGAUGCAAAAGUAGCUUAUGACUUUCAUAUGACUCGGGAGGAAAGACCCGACAAGUUUUACAGUCAGUUUGUUAAUAAAUUACGAUAUGCUAAAGAGGGUGCCAAGGAUAUCGUGGAUAGAGCAUGUGCUGAUUUACCAUGGAGCGUCAGACUAGAAGUUGAUGGUCAUGAGAUUAAAAUACCUGAGAAUGCAGAAGGUGUGCUUGUCUUAAAUAUUAGUAGCUAUAUGGGAGGGGUAGACCUUUGGCAAAAUGACUAUGAACACGAGGAUGAUUAUGACAUGCAGGCAAUGCAUGAUAAAACACUUGAAGUAGUAUGCAUAUCCGGAACAUGGCACCUUGGGAAACUCCAGGUAGGGCUUUCACAGGCCCAUAGGCUGGCCCAAGGAAAAGUAAUAAAAUUACACAUUGACAGUCCAUUUCCUGUUCAGAUCGAUGGAGAACCCUGGAUUCAAAAACCUGGUUGUCUUGAAAUAGUGCAUCAUGGGCAGGUUUUCAUGUUGAGGAGGGCAUCUGAGGAGCCUACUGGGCAUGCUGCUGCCAUCAUGACAGAAGUCCUUGUAAAUGCAGAAUGCAGUGGCCUAAUCAAUGCUGCGCAGAAGCGGUUGCUUCUCCAGCAAAUGGCAUUGCGUCUAUCAUCCUAAGCCAUCGCCAACCAAUCCAUCCUGAUAUCCGCUUGAAGUUUAUCAUACAGCAGAUUGAAAGAAGGUCAUCUUCUGGCAUUAAGAUAGUGCUAUUUCUUGAAUUCUAUAUAGUCACUCUAUCCCUUUGCAAGCAGAGAACCUAGUGUUACUUCUCUAGGGGCUCUUGGGUUAUAUGCCCAAUUAGUGUAGAUAAAAUAUUAAGUGGGUGAAAAGGGUGAUGUAGUCUUUGCCUUAGUGUUCAUCUGGGCUGGCUUGAUUUAAGUGAGUCUUACUAUCGUGUCAAAUUUUGUAACAUGGAUAAAAGUACUCAGAGUUGGAUGCAGAGAUAGAAAAAACCGAACUUCUAUUUUUCUAUCCAUGUAUAUCUUGCGAUC